AUGUUGUCGAGAUUUAUGUCCAACACAUGGUGUGCACCCUGGAGACAGGCGCAGAGAUUGUUUUCUUCCACUACCACAAUGCAAGCGACAUUGAAUCAGAUUAAAAGAGGCUCCGGGCCUCCAAGACGCAAGAAGAUAACCACGGCGCCACAACUGGACCAGUGUCCCCAGCGGAAGGGUGUGGUAUUACGUGUAAUGGUUCUAAAACCCAAGAAGCCCAAUUCUGCGCAAAGAAAGGCGUGCAGGGUCCGUUUGACCAACGGGAACGUGGUGUCGGCAUAUAUCCCGGGUGAGGGCCACGAUGCUCAAGAGCAUUCGAUUGUAUAUGUGAGAGGUGGGCGUUGUCAGGAUUUGCCCGGUGUAAAGUACCAUGUUAUCAGAGGUGCUGGUGACCUGAGCGGCGUGGUAAAUAGAAUUUCUUCGAGGUCGAAAUACGGAGCCAAGAAGCCAAGUAAAUCGUGA